AUGAAACCUUUGGGUAUGGCCGUACGUUCUUCUCCAAUUCCCCUUCUCUCUUCUUCUUCUUCUUCGAUCACCAAAAUCUUCUCCAAGAAAUCGGAAUCUAGGGUUAGGGUUUUGAACCAGAAGCCCUCAAGCUUGGGCUUCACCGCGAAUUCCAGAUUGGUCGGAGAAAUAUUGGGGAGGAAUCGGAGAUCAAGCUCGCUGGCGAGGCUGAACGCGGCCGGUUUCGCGGAAGUCGAGCCUGAUUUGAACGAAGAUCCCGUUGAUCGCUGGGCCACAAACAGUAUAAGCGAGGAAGAUUUUGUGUAUGGGGUUUAUGAUGGCCACCAUACUUACCAUGAAGGCGAGGACAAAGGAAAUUUUUGGGAAUUGUUAGCAGAGGAAUAUGCAUCAGUAGACCCUCCAACAGGUUUUCAAGGUCUUAUUUCAUGGCUGUUUCCUCCAGCAAUUGCUGCUGGGAUGUACUUCCAUGUUCCGGCGGAGUACUUAUUCAUUGGAGCAGGUUUGUUUACAGUGGUAUUUUGCAUAAUUGAGAUGGAUAAGCCAGAUCAGCCCCACAACUUUGAACCUCAAAUAUACAACAUGGAGAGGGGGACUCGUGACAAGUUAAUUGCUGACUACAAUACAAUGGACAUAUGGGAUUUCAAUGAGAAAUAUGGAGACCUCUGGGAUUUCACUAUCAAGCAGGAAAAUAUUACAAAAAGAGAUGAGUAA